AUGGCGAGUCUGUUCGCGCGAUGCGUCCCGGGGUCGAUCGACGCGCUGGAGGCGGCGGCGCGAGGGAUGAUGCACGCGCAGCUCGCGCUCGGAUUACUGGGCACGAGCGCUGGGUUUCACGGCUCGGGGUACCUCGCGGGCGUGGUCGCGAUGUCCGCGCUAGGCCUCGUCGCGAUCGAGACGUCGACGAAAGCGUUGCUCAAGUACACGGCGGCGACGUAUUGGUUCACGAUAUGGCUCGAUAUCAUUUGGUUGGGAGUGUACCUGAGGGACGCGAUUGAUGAGACGAAAUGGACCAACUCUAUCCACCGACGAGGGAACGAGUUCGCGUGCGGAAUGAUUGUCAUGAUUUGUUUGCUCAGAAUCCCUCAGUUCUUCGUUUGGUGCAAGAUGUGGGAUCUGGGCUUCCGAUCAGGCGCGCCGCAAGCCUCGCGAUACGUUGAUUUCCAAGCCAACCCGGCCGCUCGUACUGAGUUCGGCUCUCCUCCGACUCCGAGCGGUUCGGCGUUUGCGCAACCGCCGCGAUCGCCGGCCCCGUCAUCCACGCCGCCGCCACCUCGCCCAGUUCAAUCGAUGGUGGUGUCGCCGACCGCUGUUGCUCCUCCAGCUCCUCUCGCCCCGCCCGCCGUUGUUUCCUUCACGCCAAGCGGUGGUGAUGCGUACCAACCGCAAUAA